GCCAUACCAUCAUUGGUUACCAAAAAUCAAGAUUUGUGGCUGACAUUUGGCGUGAUGGGAGCGUAUAUGCAGCCUCAAGGUCAUGUACAAGUUCUCCUUAAUUUGAUUCACCAUCAGUUUAAUCCGCAAGUUGCCCUCGAUGCUCCAAGAAUCAUGAUCGAACCGUUUAAUAAAUCUUUAUCUGUUAGUGAG